UCUCUAGCCUUUCUCGGGCUCUAUACUCUGCUUAGAGCCCAAGAAAUUCGCCCUCGCCCCUGAACAAAAGCCGUCCAACUUCCCCCGUGUUUGGGGACUGUUUGGGCGCGUCCCUUAGCGUAGCCUGGGAAUGCGUCCCCGUUGUCAUGGCGACGCUCUGAGUAGGUUCCUGCACGCUGCCGAAUCCCGCCCCGGAACUAUCAUCUGCAGGGAAAUGACCUUUGACUCUAGAAGGACAACUCCAGUUUUCACGAGAAGAUGGCAAUCGUGAGACUGGCCAUGCAGGAACUAAAGACUGAAGAAGAACCCAUUGAAAAAGUGUCACCCAUCCUCUUGAAGAGCCUGGUGGAGGAGCCCAAGAAAAGAGCAGAAGUGCCCAACCAUCUCCUGGAGUCCAAGGUUUAUGCCAAGCUUCUGAACAAUAAGGCCAUCCAGGCCAGACCAGGCAUAGUCCAUUUUGGAGGCUACGAGAUAGAGAAGCAGCACCAACAGAUCCUGCACAUUGCCAAUAUUUCCGAUGAAGACACACACCUUCAAAUCUUACCACCGCAGACCAAGUACUUCAGGAUCGCGUAUGAGAAGAAGGAGCAUCGCCUCAUCCCGGGCUUGUCCCUCAUGGUCACGGUUAUGUUUUCUCCCGACGAGUGGCGUUACUAUUACGACUGCAUCCGCAUUCACUGUAAGGGAGAUGACACCUUGCUUGUUCCCAUUCAUGCCUACCCUGUCUUGAAUAACCUGGACUUCCCCACAUUCAUAAAUCUAUCCGAUGUCCUCCUUGGAGAGAGCAAAAGUUGUGUGAUCCCCUUGCAGUGCAGCUGCCCCGUGGAUUUCGAGUUCCAUAUCACUUUGCUGCGGUCUCAUCAGGCCUUCACAAUUGAGCCAAAGUCAGGAAUAAUCCCUGCUAACGGGAAGGCGAAGGUAACCGUGAAGUUCACGCCCAUCCAGUACGGGAUGGCGCAAAUCAAAAUUCAGCUGUGGAUCUCGCAGUUCAACUCACAGCCAUAUGAGUGUGUCUUCACUGGAAGCUGCCACCCCAACAUGGCCUUACCAUUAGAAGAGUUUGAAAGAUUAAAUACUCGUUCUAAGAAAGUAAAUGUUCCUCCAGAAAAAACAGCGUAUAUACAAUUUUACCCAACUCCUACAAAGGCAAGACCUCAGAAGAUGAAGGAAAUCGAAUAUCAAGACCUGCGGUUUCCAACAGAUCUGUCGAAUCCAUUCGCCGUGGCAACUGUCCUCAACCAAGAAGCGGGAAAGUUGAAGAUUAAGGAAUUAAAACAAGUCCUGGACCAGGGUGAUGAAAUCUCCAAAACCAGACAGAUGAAGGAGGCACUCUUCGAACAGAAAGUCAGACAGAACGUCCUGGAGGAGAGCGAGAACCAUCUUAAGUGGCAGGUGCACCUUGGCAAAGAUCACACAUCUUUUAGGUAUAGAAAGGAGCACUGUGAGGAGCAGCAGAAAGCAUAUGAGCAGUACAAGCAAAUCCGGGAUGACCCUGUGAUAGAGGAAGAGCUUCAACGAGUCCAGACUGAGCGGAUCAACAAGCGGAUCGUCCGUGACCUGGAGGAUAAAGUCCAGGAAUUCCAUCCUAAUUUUGAUCCACUGGUUAACAACAUGUGGCUCACGAGAUUCCGGGCACAAAGACGGUUCCAGCAAAUAGCGCGCAAGGUCAUGCGUGAAUUAAGGUUGUUCACUAUGCUGGGGGCUAUCCGUGAAAUGGACAAAGAAGACAUAAUGAGAAAGAUUGUCAAGAUCAAGGGGACACUGAUACAAGGUGAGAACCCCUACCGAUCCCUGAGGGCCCUAAUGAGUCAGGAUGAGUACCCCUGGCGCUACUCUCUGCACCCUGAGGAUGUGCUGCCCUUCGCCUUCCCGUCGGACUCUCAGAGCUACAACGAGCUGGCUAUUGAUAGCCUUGGACCAGUCCCAAUUAAAAAUUCAGAAGUUCAAAUCAAGCACAAUUAUCCCUACUUCACUUUAAAGGUUCCUCAGAUAUACAAAGUCAAGGGAUAUAAACCAUUUUCUGUCAACAAGUCCUCAACAAAUUACAGAAUUCAGAAACUUGCUCGACCUCUGAAACAAGGUGCUGAGGAUGAAGUUACCACCAUCAUCGCUCUACCCAAGCAGGACACCACACCACUCUCAGCCAAGCCUUCCAUCUUGAGUAUGAAGGCUCCGGAGGGCUUAGCCAAGUCUGUAGAAUACGACCCGCUGUAUAUUUUCAAUCCCAACCCAGGAAUGUUUUCCGUGAAGCAUCCUCUGACCUAUGCAGAAACGCUGAUAGAUUACCAUCUGUGCUCUCACCCCAAGUACAAGUUCACCCACGAGUCCCACAGAGGGUCCAGCAUUCCUCUCACCCAAAAGCAGUUUCUCCAUCAUACGGAUAUAAUUCCUGGAAUCAUGAACUGGAAGAGGUUCCAGCCCCUGGUGUUCUCCUCCUUGUCUGACUCUCCGAGGACUGAAAACACUCAGAAGAGAGACUGGUACGGCACCGGGAUGCUGCCUAUCAAUGUCCCUGCCCCACUGGAUGGCUUGCCAGAGGAAGACAGACUGGAAACCACAGAGAGAGACCUGUGUGAGCAGAGCAUAGAAAUCAUGCUGACUCCAGAAAUGAUCCAAGUGGAAUUCCCCAUGAUCAACCACAAGGACGCCAAGAAGGAGAAGGAUGCCAAAGACUCAGCCCAGCCUCUAGAGAAGGUGGGAGAGAAGGUGCUGGAGGAAAUGAAGAAUCUCCGGACCAAAGCUCUCAACACAUACUUGAUUCUACACUAAGCAUCACCGUUGUGUCUAUUACCCCUCUUUGCCCUCGAAAGCCACUGAGGUCCUCUGAGUUCAUUUACAUUCAAGCCACUUUUAGAAUUAAAGUUUCUAGAGGCAGGAAUUGAAAUGUGGAUGCCUUGGUUUUAAACUAUAUUUUUUCUUGCUGGAAAUAAAAAUAUGUCAUUGCUAUGAUGGCAACGCUGAGACUCUUGGUACAAGACUAAGCUGGACAAAGGCGAGUGUCACCGUGACAAGGGACUAAGGGCCAGGGGCCGGGAGAGGGGUCAGUCAGUAAAGUGCUUGUCUCAAGCAUGAAGACCUGAAUUUUAUCCCAAGAAUCCAUGUAAAAUGCUGCGUACAAAGGUACACGCUUCUGAUCCCAAUGAUGGUGAACAAGAGGUUGGGGAUGGGAGAAGAUCCCUGGGACUCAAAGGCCAGCCUGUCUAGCCUGCUUGGCGAAUUCUGGGCUAGUAAGAGACCCUGGACUUUUUGGUUUAUUUUUUGUUUUGUUUUGUUUUUUUCAAGACAGGGUUUCUCUGUGUAACAGCUCUGGUUGUCCUGGAACUCCCUUUGUAUACCAGGCUGACCUUGUGCUGGGAUUAAAGGAGUGUACCACCACAGUCCUGCAAAAGAGACCCUGCUUUAAAAAUCAAUGUGGAAAACAUCCUGAGGAAUUGUGUC